GCUGUCUUCCCCUGAGAUAAAACCUAAAUGCCCAAAUGACCGUCGGCAAAUUCACGAUCCCUCCCAUCAAAAACUCACAAAACACAAUUACUCUUUAACAUAUCGAUUAGAUUAUAUAUACAAGUGAUCAUAUAUGCAAAUAUAGUUUCGUUUCCCCUUUGUCGCCUUUUGCUUUCGAGCUCUCUCUCUUGUUUUCUCUUACCGAUCCCUAUUAUCGUGGAGAUAUUGAGAAAGUUUUAUGGAUGAUCCGCAUAACAAGUCAGUAACAUGAUUUUGGUUUGGAAAUCAGAAUUUUGGCAUCAAUGACUAUGAUAUGUUGCAUAAUAAUGGCACUUGGUUCGUACUUCUGUGCAUAUAAAGCUUUGAACAUAUAGGUUGGUUUUGUAUCAAGUACAUCCUAUUGUGUUAGAGGUGGGUGAUAUUUUCGAAAAAUGGAUGAUGAUCGAGAACCUGGGUUUCCGUCUCACAUGGUUGAAUCACGUCUUUUUACUGUCUCUUGCUUUAUUGCUGGACUUAUAGGAGUCCUCACUAUAGCCUACACUGCCUUCCAAUGGAGGAGAAAUAUCAAUCUAGGUUGGAUGAAAGCUAUAGCCAGGUCAAAGAAGAACCCGAAGACCAGGAGCAAAGCUCCUGUAGCUCCUCAUACUUGGGUUUUGGAAUCUCUCUCCCGUGGGAAAAGCUUAAAAUGCUGUGUAUGCUUGAAGUCCAUGUCGGCCUCCCAAAAUCAUGGGCCAAUGGCUUCAGACAAUCAUAUUCACUAUUGUAGCAUAUGCGGUGCAGCAUCUCACCUUAGCUGUUCAUCUAAAACCCUUAAAGAUUGCAAACGCGUGUCUAUGAGUGGGUAUGAGCAUGUGAUGCACCAGUGGGCUGUCCGCUGGACGGAGGUUGCAGAUCAAACUGAAGAAACUUCCUAUUGUAGUCACUGUGAAGAGCCCUGCAAUGGUUCUUUUCUCGGAGGAUCUCCCAUAUGGUGUUGCUUAUGGUGUCAGCGCCUGGUACAUGUUGACUGCCAUGGUAGCAUGUCAAAUGAAACUGGUGAUAUAUGUGAUUUGGGACCAUAUAAACGAUUGAUACUAUCCCCACUAUAUGUCAGAGAAGUGAACAGGGCUUUACAGGGGCGGUUAUUAAGUUCAAUUACACAGGGGGCCAAUGAGAUUGCAUCUUCUGUCCGAGCUAGUAUUAGUAGGAGUCAAAGUAAAAAGAGCAAGCAGGAAAAUGUAGCCUCAGCUGACACAGUUAACAAUUGUAGUGUUGGCAACUCGUCCACGGAAAGUACAGACAACAAUGAGAACAGAAAUGCUUCUCUCGGAGUUGAAGAAAAUUGUAACAGCACAGUAAGCAUAGAGGGCACGGAUCAAAAUCAAAACGGUGGUAUUGUGAAGAUAUUAGAUUCGAAGCCAAGUUUUAAGAGGAAUUCAUCUAUCAACGAGAAGAAUGAGUUCCACUUGACUGGGACAGAACAACGAUACGAGUUAACUGAUUUACCUUCAGAUGCGAGACCCUUGUUAGUCUUCAUCAACAAGAAGAGUGGGGCUCAGCGAGGAGAGUCACUCAAGCUCCGGUUAAAUCUACUUUUGAAUCCCAUUCAGGUUUUCGAGUUGAGCUCCUCGCAGGGACCUGAAGUUGGACUAUUCUUAUUUAGGAAAAUUCCUCAUUUCAGAAUUCUUGUAUGCGGCGGAGACGGCACUGUGGGAUGGGUUUUGGAUGCUAUAGACAAGCAGAACUAUGUGUCUCCUCCUCCAGUAGCUAUUCUUCCUACUGGAACAGGAAAUGACUUGGCACGAGUUUUGUCUUGGGGAGGUGGUUUAGGUUCAGUAGAGAGACAAGGUGGGCUAUGUACACUGUUGCACCAUAUAGAACACGCCGCUGUAACCAUUCUUGAUCGAUGGAAAGUUUCGUUUAACCAAAAAGAAAAACAGCUCCGGCCUCCAAAAUUUUUGAACAAUUAUCUUGGGGUUGGAUGUGAUGCAAAGGUUGCUUUGGAAAUUCACAAUCUGAGAGAAGAGAACCCUGAGAAAUUUUAUAAUCAGUUUAUGAAUAAAGUUCUCUAUGCAAGAGAAGGCGCGAAGACUCUUAUGGAUAGGUCAUUUGCAGACUACCCUUGGCAAGUUCGAGUAGAAGUGGAUGGUGCGGAGGUAGAGGUUCCUGAGGAUGCAGAAGGUGUUCUUGUCGCCAAUAUCGGAAGCUAUAUGGGUGGUGUAGAUUUAUGGCAAAAUGAAGAUGAAACGUAUGAUAAUUUUGAUCCUCAAUCAAUGCAUGAUAAGAUGUUGGAGGUCGUGAGCAUAGCAGGAACAUGGCAUCUUGGAAAGCUUCAGGUAGGACUGUCUCGGGCUCGAAGGCUAGCACAAGGACAGUCGAUAAAAAUCCAGCUUUUUGCUGCAUUGCCAGUUCAAAUUGACGGAGAGCCAUGGUUGCAGUCACCAUGUACAUUGACCAUAUCUCAUCAUGGACAGGCUUUCAUGCUAAAGAGAGCAGUAGAGGAACCACUUGGUCAUGCUGCUGCGAUAAUUGCUGAUGUGCUUGAGAAUGCUGAAACAAAUCAUGUCAUAACGGCAGCACAGAAGCGUGCUCUUCUUCAAGAAAUGGCACUGAAGCUAUCAUAGAGGUUCGCCCUAUGGAUCAAUAUUUUAGGUGACACUAGUUGCACGAAGUGUUGGAUGUGUGUACAGUGAAUAUCUUCCUAUAGCAUUUCCCAUCUUUGUUUGUAAACGGAAAAUGUUUUGUAGUAUAAAUACGAUGAAGAAAAUUGUUGUGAUAGGGUAGUUGCACAUAGCCAAGUUCCUCCCAAUUUUUUUGAUAUAAUAAUUAUGUUACCAAGAGAGAGAGAGAAUCUGUUCAGCUUCUGUUGGUUUUGUUUGUUUA